AUGAAUAAUGGGUCAUUUAAAGAAACGAAUGUUUGCAGAAAAGAAAAACAAAAAGGAGAUAUUCCAGCACCUAGGUUUGGACAUACGACUACCUACUUAGGUAAUAAUAAAGUUGCCGUAUUUGGUGGUGCCAUAGGUGACGCAGGGAAAUAUAAUAUAACCGAUGAUAUAUAUAUAUAUGAUUUAGUACAAAAUAAGUGGAAAAAGUUAUCUACAGAAAAUACUCCAACAGCUAGAGCUGCUCAUGCAGCUGCUUGUGUGGAUGAACAACAGUUAGUAAUAUAUGGAGGAGCUACUGGAGGUGGGUCUUUGUCUUUGGAUGAUUUAUAUAUAUUAGAUUUAAGAAGAGAACAAAGAUAUACUUGGAUGACUGUACCUACAAAAGGGGUAACACCAGGUAGAAGAUAUGGUCAUGUAAUGGUAUACAGUAAACCAAAUUUAAUAGUUUUUGGUGGUAAUGAUGGUCAACAAACCUUAAAUGAUGUUUGGUUUAUGCAUGUAGAAAUGCCUCCUUUCGAAUGGGUUAAAGUGUUAAUCCCAAAUAAUUGUAAGAUACCACCACCAAGAGUAUAUCAUUCAGCUGAUAUGUGUAAAGAAGGACCUGCAACAGGUAUGAUUGUAAUAUUUGGUGGAAGAAGUUCAGAAAAUAAAUCAUUAGAUGACACUUGGGGUUUAAGACAACAUAGAGACGGUAGAUGGGAUUGGGUUGAAGCUCCCAUUAAAAAAGGAUCUCCUCCAGAAGCUCGUUAUCAACAUACGUCUGUUUUUAUAGGAUCUAAGAUGUUUAUUUUAGGAGGUCGAAAUGAUAAUGGAUGUGCAGUUCCCUUAUCCACAGCUCUAUAUAAUACAGAAACAAUAGAAUGGGUUACCUUACCUUCUAUUUCUAAAUUUAGACAUACAUCUUGGAUGUUUAAAUAUACAAUCUAUACAUUUGGAGGAUUUAGUCAUCAAACACAACAAUUCCCUACGAAUGAAUUAGAAUGCCUUGAAUGUUACACUCUCUUAACUUCUUUAAACAGUUUAGAAGCAGAUAAGAAAAAAACUAUGAAACAAUCUUCUUUAAAACAAAAACAGCUAUCAAGUGAAAGUAUUAAACAUCAAAACAGUGAUCUAAGAACUAUGAACUCGUACAAUUUAAAUAGCCAAGAUAUUAUUAACCCUCAUCAACAACAGAAUAUACAACAGAAUAUACAACAGAAUAUACAACAGAGUAUGCAACAGAGUACGCAACAGAGUAUACAACACUGUUUACAACAAAAUGCUCAGCAAAAUGUACAAAAUAAUAACCAAUAUGCAACAUCAAAACAAUUGUACAAUAUAAAAUGUAAUUCCAGUACUGGUAGUACAUUUCCAAGUGCACAAAAUACACAUUACAGAAAUAUGUUAGAUUCACCUACCUCUUCUUUAUUUCGAUUAUCUAGUAGACCUAUGUCAAAUAAAAUAAAAUUAUCAGCACAUGCACAUGCGGUACAAGAGACAGGUAGUGAUUUUGCUCUACUUGUUAGAAAGAUUUCAAUUGAUAAAUUAGAAGAAGAAGGAAGAAAAAUUAACAAUGGUGUUUUAUGUACUCCAGUAAAUUAUAUUAGUGAAUUUAAAAAUACAGUGUAUGACAAAAUUAUUACUACAUUAUUAAACCCUAAUAUUACACAAUUUGAAAUACAAUAUAAUCACAAUUCAGAAGCUAUUUUCAUAAUUCCAUGGGCUAAUAUUUCUAUUUUAUGCUCCAUUGUAAUAGAUAUUUUCAAGCAAGAGGAUAUAAUAUUAAAAUUAAGAGCACCUAUAAAAAUUUAUGGUGACAUUCAUGGUCAGUAUUAUGAUUUAAUGAGAUUAUUUCAAUUAUAUAAGUGUCCAGUAGAAGAAGAUUUAGGAGAAAAAUUAAAUGCAAUAGGUGAUAUCGAUUCAAAUGAUUAUUUAUUUUUAGGAGAUUACGUUGAUAGAGGUUCAAAUAGUUUAGAAGUCAUUUGCUUGCUUUUUGCAUUAAAAUGUAAAUACCCUAAGCAAAUACAUUUAAUACGAGGAAAUCACGAGGAUAUGGCAAUUAAUAGUUUAUAUGGUUUUCAGGAGGAAUGUAAAAGAAGAUUAAAAGAAGACAUAACUGAUAAUGCAUCAUGUUGGUUUCAGAUAAAUCAAGUUUUUGAAUGGUUACCUAUUGGUGCUAUAGUAGAAGAAAAAAUAUUAUGUGUUCAUGGAGGAAUAGGAAAAUCGAUUCACAAAAUUUCUGAUAUUUCUCAAUUGAGAAGACCACUAAUCGUUUCACAAGUUCCUCAAAAUUUGAGUGAACAAAAAGUUACUGAUCUUUUAUGGUCAGACCCAACCGAUAACGAUUCUAUAUUAGGAACUAUACCUAAUGAUAUAAGAGAUCCAGAUGGUACUGGUCAUAUUGUUAAAUAUGGUCCUGAUCGUGUUCAUAAAUUUUUGGAAGAUAAUGAUCUUCAAUUAAUUAUACGAGCGCACGAAUGUGUAAUGGAUGGAUUUGAAAGAUUUGCAGGAGGCAAAUUAAUAACUUUAUUUUCAGCAACCAAUUACUGUAACUCACAUAAAAAUGCAGGAGCAUUACUAUUCAUUCGAAGAGAUCUUACAGUAAUACCAAAACUUAUAUAUCCUGCAAAGGACGAAAUUCGGUUCUUUAACACAUGGGACACAAAAAUGACGGAACUCAGGCCGCCGACUCCACCAAGAAAUCAACCCAAAAUGAGGGAAUUAAAUUAUGGUGCUCCGUAA